CUCGCCUGGCACAGGAGCGGGAGUUACGAGCCAUGUUCCUGUGAGUCCUGCAGAAUUCAGAGCAAAUGCCUGGAAAAGUCGAGCUGCACAGAGCAGCGCCGCAGCUCUUGUGAGCCACGGGCAUCGCCGCCUCUCAGACCCACUCCCCUGGCCCCGAGCGCUGCCAGCAUUGCCCGUCCCACGAAUGGCUGCUCAGAGGAAGCACUUGGUGAAAGAUUUCAAUCCUCACAUCACCUGCUAUAUCUGUAAAGGCUAUCUCAUCAAGCCCACUACAGUGACCGAGUGCCUCCAUACCUUUUGUAAGACUUGUAUUGUUCAACACUUUGAAGACAGCAAUGACUGUCCCAGGUGUGGCAACCAAGUGCACGAGACCAAUCCACUAGAAAUGUUAAGGCUGGAUAACACCUUAGAAGAAAUUAUAUUUAAGCUGGUGCCUGGACUUCGGGAACAGGAACUGCAGCGAGAGAUCGAAUUUUGGAAGAAAAACAAACCUCAAGAAAAUGGACAAGAUGAAAUUCCAAAAGCUGAUAAACCCAAAUUAGAUGAAGAGUGUGAUGAAAAUGAAGAAGAUAAAGACUAUCACAGGAGUGACCCACAGAUUGCUAUCUGCCUUGACUGUUUACGCAACAAUGGACAGUCAGGAGAUAAUGUGGUCAAAGGUUUAAUGAAGAAAUUUAUCCGCUGUUCUACUCGAGUGACUGUGGGAACUAUCAAAAAGUUUCUCAGCUUAAAAUUAAAACUUCCAAGUUCUUAUGAGCUGGAUGUACUAUGCAAUGGAGAAAUCAUGGGGAAGGAUCACACUAUGGAAUUCAUCUAUAUGACAAGAUGGAGACUAAGAGGCGAAAACUUUCGGUGUCAGAACUGCUCAUCUUCGCAAGCCUGCUCACAGGAUGGCACUUUUUAUCAGUCUUACCCUAUGGUACUUCAGUAUCGACCUAGAAUUGACUUCGGUUAGACCAAAGGGCCAGAUCCCACUGAGAUGAAUCCUGCACUAUUUGUUUACCCAUCGACAGAUUGCACAAUGAAUGGAUGUGCCUGGAUUAGGGGGACACAACCAGAUUUUCAGCAUGCAAAUAAGGACAUUGUCUUUCUUAAAAUUGUCAGUUGCAUCUCUGUUGUUUCUAUUAGAGCAAGCCAAGUGCCAUUCUGCUACUGAAAUGUGCAUAAGAUAUUUGUGUAUCUCACAAGUGUGCUGCAAAUCAUAGCCAAAAUCAUGAAAUGUACAAGAUUCAAAAACUAUGGAAUAUUUUUGCUGGUGUGUUAGAAAAUUUUUCUGGUCCUCAUAUUGAUUACACUAGCAAAAUGGCAGAGUGCUCAUUCCAUGCUGUGUUGAAGUUUCACACACUUACUAUUUUACUGAAUAUGGUUGUUUAAAUCAUAGAGUACUGUAAAAAUAGCUAUGGGUUAAACCUUGAAAAUAUUUUGUAUAGAAAAUAUAUUUAGAAAAGUGGUGAUUGGGCCACUACCUUUUUUCAUUAUAAGCUUCUCAUGGUUCCAGGUAUAGCUCACUCAUGAGUGAGCAACAGUCCUUUUGCAGUGAAUGAAGAUAAAUUACACUUAACAAGAGAUGUAGAACAUGGUAAUUUAAGACAGCAAUUUUAAAUCUUCUAGCUAGAUUCUGCUAAUAUUGCCUAAAAGAAUUGCUGCCUUUGUGAUUGCACUUUUCUAUGGUUUCCCUAAAGAUUGGAAUUUGGAAUACUAGCUAUUUUUUGAAAGUGGCUUUUGGUCAGAUUACAUUUCUUCUAAUAAAACCUCCUUAUAAAUAACAUUUAAAAU